AAAAUCAUUAACUGGCUGAAAAUCAUAUUCGAUUCCGGCGUGUUCGGCGAUCGACGAGUAUUGCGUCAGUUUUUUCGGCAUUUUUCCUUCAUCCCUGCAUUUAUCCUAGGCAUAGUCGGCAAUGGCGCAAAGCAAGCUGAACGAUCUUGCCGGAAAACUGGGCAAAGGUGGGCCCAAGGGACUGGGAACGGGCCUCAAAGUGCUGGGCCUCUUUGCUGCCGGUGCCUACGGAGCAAGCCAGUCAGUUUUCACAGUUGAGGGCGGUCACAGAGCCAUCAUCUUCAGCAGGAUUGGCGGCGUCCAAAACGACGUCUUCGCGGAGGGCAUGCAUUUCAGAAUUCCCUGGUUCCAGUAUCCCAUUAUUUACGACAUCAGAUCGAGACCGAGAAAGAUUUCCUCCCCGACUGGCAGCAAAGAUUUGCAAAUGGUGAACAUUUCGCUGCGAGUUUUGUCCAGGCCAGAUUCCAUCUCCCUUCCCUCAAUGUACCGUCAAUUGGGCCUCGACUACGACGAGAAGGUCCUGCCCUCAAUUUGCAACGAGGUUCUCAAAAGCGUGGUCGCCAAAUUCAAUGCCUCUCAGCUCAUUACACAGCGUCAGCAGGUGUCUUUGCUUGUGAGGCGAGAACUGACCGAAAGAGCGAGAGACUUCAACAUCAUCCUGGACGACGUGUCCAUUACUGAGCUCAGUUUUGGAAAGGAAUACACACAGGCCGUUGAGGCCAAGCAGGUGGCGCAGCAGGAGGCCCAAAGGGCAGCUUUCGUCGUGGACAGGGCGAUUCAGGAGAAGCAACAGAAGAUUGUCCAGGCCGAGGGUGAAGCCGACGCGGCCAAACUGUUGGGUGAGGCAAUUUCCACCAAUCCUGGUUACUUGAAGCUGAGGAAGAUCCGAGCGUCCCAAGCCAUUGCCAGAACGAUUGCCCAGUCGCAGAACAAGGUUUAUCUGCAGGGCAGCAACCUGAUGCUGAACCUUUGCGAUCCGUCAUUCGACGAAGCUUCGGAGAAGCUCAUAGAUGGCAAGGCAAAUAAUCGGAGCUUGUCUUUAGGACAGAUAAGUGAACAAACCGCUCGCAGCGUGGCUAAUAAUUAGUUCUAGGAAGUCAUCCGUUGAAGAUCCAACAGGAGUCUAAAGAUAAUUAGCUUUAUUGUAUUACUUCGAAAAUGCCAGUAGGUGAACUGAAGAUAUAAAUAAGUUAAAAGUCUGCUAAAUGGCCACAAAAGUUACCUUAUCUCGAAAGUGGAAAUUGAAGCUGGAUCGAAACAUUCUGCAAUUAUUCUUGUUUGACAAUAUAAUCAGCAGCUUUUAUGAAUUUUGUGCGAAACUCCAUUUCCCAAAUUUUGAAUAAAAUCUGGUAAACGGCAAAAGUUCUUGAGUAUUACGAUGAGUAGAGAACAUUAGAAGGCGCUUAAGUAGUGUGUGUGCAAAUUAUGGUCCCAAAUGAAUAAGUUCAAAAGCGGAAUUAGAUUCUUUGACAAAUUUAUAGCUGUGGCUGCACGCAGCCCACGCAGGCCUAUAAGUAGUGUUGGCAAAAGCCUGGCGGUCUUACAAGCCUUUCAAAAAUUCCAAUCUCAGUUCGGCUGUUCCUUGAGAUUUGUCGGAACAUGAUUUACAACUUAUAAUUGCAUUAAAUGAGAUUAAUAAUAUUUCAUGACUAUUGCAUAGGCUUAAUUACUUCUUAAUACAAGAAUCAUAAUAAAUAUUUAUGUAAUUUAUGA